UUUUUUUUUUCUUUUAAAAGAUAACACAAUUAAAGCACAUUAAUCAAGUAUAUAUUGAUAACACUAUAGACGCGCUCAUUAUUGUUAUUAUUAUUAUUAUUAUUUUAUUUAUUCUAUUGUUCAUAUACAAUAUAUUAGCCCUUUUUUAAGAAAACGGAAUUUACAUAAAAGACUAUUUGCUUUUUUCUUUUGGAAAUAAUUUAUUAAAUUAUUAAAUCUUAUACAAUGCGUCAACAAGAACGAACAGAAUAUACACCAGGAACUAUUGUUUUUGCAAAACUAAAAGGAUACCCAUGGUGGCCAGCAAGGAUCGAAGCAGACCAUGCAGUACCCCCAAAAGUCUUGAAACAAAAAUCCAAAGCUAAAGGUGCAUUAUAUACUGUAUUUUUUUAUGGCUCUAGAGACUAUGGAUUCUUUGGCCCAGAUGCCAUUCGACCAUUUGAUAGUGAAAUUGUUGAAAAUGAUUUAAAAGCAAAAAAAUUCAAAACAAAGGAUUUGGAAAUGGCGGUACGUCAGGCUUUGAAUCCUGCAUUAUUGGAACAAAUUGAAAGGGAGGAAGCAGAGGCAGAGGCAGAGGAAGAAGAACAUACAAAUAAAAGAAAGAAUAAUACAAAAAAGACAGCAGCAAAUGGUAAGAGAAAAUCAACGACACGUAAAAUGGCAGUGGAAGAUGAAGAUGAAUCUAUAGAAGAUAGAAAGAGAAGACGUAAAUCAAUGUCACUUGAAAAAGAAGAAGAUGUACGUAAUUCACCACAAAUGGAUAAAGAGGAAUUAAAAAAGACACCAGAAUAUAAAAGGGUUUAUCAUAUUAGACAUAGAUUACAAAGAUUGGUAUAUAAUAAAAAAGAGGGCGAAAUUCCAAAAGAAGAUUAUCCAAAGAUUUUACAAGUUAUAAAAGAGAUUGAAGAAGCACCAAUGACAUAUAACCUUUUAAAAGAUACCAAAAUUGGCAAAGUCGUUAAAGCAGCUUGUUCUUAUCCAUUUGAAAAUGAAAGUACAAUUAAGGAACGGUGCCAACAAAUAAUGAGGAGCUGGAAAUCACUUUUAAUUGAUCCUCAAACUGGCAGUAGUUUAACAAGAAAAUCAUCAGAAGACAAUAAUAAUAAUAAUAAUAAUAGUAGUAGUAAUAAUUAGUCUUUAUAAAAGAAAAAAAAAUAAUUGUUAUUUGAUAAUGGAUUUCAAUA